AUGCCUCACACUCGAAAUAGGAACCCUAGUCCCAUCCCUGAGGUAACAUGGGAUACGGGAUUGAAGGAAAUGAACGAAACUUGGAAGGGAGCUAUUGCCUGUCUUGGAGUUGCUGUCUUCUUUGUCAUGACCAUUGGGAUCAUUUAUUGGCAAGUUGUGGAUCAGCCUAACAAGAACUGGAUUCUGAAGGGGAGUUUUAGUGGACUGAUUUGGGAGAGAAGGACACACUCUCUUGUCAUACAGACACUAACAGAAGACAAGACAUUUGUGGAAAUUGACGUUGGGAAUGUGGGGAACCCAGAUGUGGAGGUCCCGUUCGUUCGUAAUCUCUGUUGGCUUAACAAAACCGAAUUCUGCUAUACAUGGGAUUCGUUUGCGGAGGUGAAGAUUUCUUUGGAAACAGUUGACGAAUCGCAGACUGAAUGCUACAGUUUGACUUGGACGCCGGCUCACUGUCAUGUCGACCUGAAGGACUGCUUUUCUAUGGUCAAUGUGUCUUGGUAUGGGGGUGCUGGUGUUCGCACACCCAGCUGGCCUAUAAACAAUGCCAAUGCUUCCAUGCAGCCGUUUAUCAUCAGUGACCUGAGGGAUAACCCGUCAGGUUACGGGUCAGUCUUAGAGCGCUACUUCCUGGGAUCGUCAGGUGUUGCUGUAUUGGUGGCCCCACACAUCCCCCUGCAUGUUGGGGUGGAGAGUAGACAGCAGUUCUGCUUGCAGUCCCCAUCCAGUAUGGACCGAAUGCCUCUACAAUACACUGUGUGUGUAGGACAGAACAUCAAAGCUAUUCAUCAAGAGGCAAUGCAGCAGCUCUCUGUGCCCAAUCGAAUACUGCCAAACAUGGAUGUCUUACGGUUACCUUUCUGGAAGUUUCUGGUAAAUGUCGACUCAGGGCUUAAAGUGGAGAGGGAGUUGAGGACCUUCUCCAAUCGACUAAGAAGGCAUCGUUUAGGGGAGGGAGUUAUCAGCCUCAACGAACAUUCCACAUCUCUCCUCUCCAAUAUGGACCACGAUAACCUCAAUGGCAGGAGGAAGACGUCCAAGAGACAGAUCAGGGACCUGCCUUUUGUGAAGCUUCUGAACAUUUCCAUCACUCUGUCCCCGUUCCUGAGAGUGGAUUCACGGCAGUUCCAGGCCUCUCUGCAGGAUGGUACUGAAGACCACUGGCUCAGUCUUCCAUCUGGUCCACAAGGCCAUCCGGUGCCCCUACUGACUCGGUGGAGAGGAAAGUAUUGUGUCAAACUGAACAUCACCAACCCAGAGGCCAUUAACUGGUUCUUGGACCGAGUUAGCAGUCUGUAUGCCCAUCUGGGCAUGGAGUAUAUCAUCUUGGAAGGUAGCGAAGGGAACCCCUUUGAGGAGCAGGCUUUGCAGCCUCCCCCAGGGCUAGCUGGAGAUGAGUACAUUGGGCUUGUAGCAGACCUGGCUGAGAGGAUUGGGGAUUCAGCCAUUGUGACCUCAGGAACAAGAUCCAGCCACAAGCCACUGUUCAUCCGCAUGAGCCCCCUACAGUCUGACUGGACUUACUCUGGACUCAAGGGGAUCAUUCCGUCCCUCCUGCAUCAUAGCUUGCUGGGGUAUAAUUUCUUCAUUCCCGAUGCAGUAGGAGGCUCACUGUCUGACCAGCUCAUCACAGAUGAGGAACUCUUUAUACGCUGGCUAGAAAUUGUGGCCUUCCUUCCUGUCAUCACCUUCCAGACACCUCCAUGGGUCUGUGGUGAGGACUGGGUCUUGAACCUCACCAGACUCUAUAUUGCGAAACACCGAGAGUUUGUCGUGCCUCUCAUAUUGAAAUAUGCUGAGGAGUGGCAGGAAAAUGGGAGUCCCAUCUAUCGGCCUCUGUGGUGGAUCAGCCCCAGUGAUCCGGUCACGUUCGCAGUGGACGAUGAGUUUCUCAUUGGAGAUGAGGUCCUUGUUGCUCCAGUAACAGAGAGAGGUGCAUUGCAGAGAGACAUUUACUUGCCAGAGAGUGAGUUUCAGUGGCAGGAUAUAAAUAACGGUCAAGUGUUUGACGGGGGGACGUUUAUAUCGAACUACCCAGUUAGUUUAGAGGAGGUGCCAGUGUUCAGACGAAGACGCUUUUAA